AUGAAGAAGACGGCCGAGAAGAAGCCAUCGACAGCAGAUAAGAAGCCAUUGAAGGCCGAGAAGAAGCUUCCUAAAGAAGGCGUGUCUAGUGCCGGCAUAGAGAAGAAGAAGAAGAAGAGCAAGAAGAGCGUCGAGACAUACAAGAUCUACCUGUUCAAGGUUUUGAAACAGGUUCAUCCUGACAUCGGUAUCUCUGGAAAAGCCAUGGGGAUCAUGAAUAGUUUUAUCAGCGACAUCUUCGAGAAGCUCGCUCAGGAAUCGUCUCGUCUCGCUCGUUACAAUAAGAAACCAACAAUCACAUCUCGUGAGAUUCAGACUGCUGUUAGGUUAGUAUUGCCUGGUGAGUUAUCGAAGCACGCCGUCUCCGAGGGCACAAAAGCCGUUACCAAAUUCACUAGCUCUUAG